GCUCAGCCUCCAGCACCGUGAGACAGUGCAAGCUCCACCACUGGGAUGUAUGAAAACCUGCACUUCUCCGGGUCCCCCCUGGGAUGGAGCAUGACCCCCAGGGUGCAGGGGGCAGCCCCCCCAGGCCCAGGCGAGGACGAUGGCACCUAUGAGACCCUUGAGAUGAUCCCUGUGGACAAGGGACUGGCCAAGAACAAGGCCCAGGAGCCCACAGACUGGCAGCAGGAGCAGUGUCUAGGGCAGGAAGGCAAGGCACCAUCACAGGCCCAGGACCAGGUGGCACAGCCCAGGGCAGCAUUGGUGCAGGCACAGCAGAAGGGUGAAUGCAGCCAGAAGGAGCUGCACAAGCUCGGCACAGAGCUGAAGGAAGCCAAAGCAUCUCUGGCGCUGGCCCAAGUGGAGCUGGCAUGGGCACAAGAGCAAGCCUGGAGCCUGCAGCAGCAGCUAAACAAAUCUUCAGGAUCCAAGACCAAUGCACAGAUCUGCCAGGUUACAGGUUGCUGCCCAGAGACCUGGGUGCUGCACGGUGGGAAGUGUCUGUUCCUCUCCAAGCAGAAGAAAACAUGGCAUGAAAGCAAAGAAGCAUGUGAAUGGGAAUCCUCCCGGCUUCUUGUCAUCCGGGACUGGGACAACACAACCAUGCUGAGCUUCCUGGCCAACACAAAUGCCUUGUACUGGAUUGGGCUCUGGCAAGACCCAGAUGGGGAGGGUCGGUGGACUUGGAUCGAUGGAACUCUAUACCCAGAAAGUUGGAAGUUUAAAGGUCCUGGUCAUUAUGGAGCAAUUAAAGGGGGCAUCAUUGAGAAACCAAGCUCAUAUGUUCACCUUCAUUCGGUCUGUGAGAAGCCGACCAGGCACCACUGCUGAGCCACAUAGAUGAACCCUGGAAUAUGAAGACAGGAGGCUGCAUGAGUAUGCGACUGCCUGCCCAUGCUGGGCAUCCUAACUGCACCCUGGUGCCCAGGGACUCAUGUGCCCUUCCACUCCCCUGCCAGCUGGAGCCCUGCACCACCACGCAGGAGUGUAGCCGGGGGAGAGGGGCUGUGAUCUGCCUCUCAGCAGCCCCAGCUCACCUUGUCCCUUGUCUUCCAGCUCCCCCUGCUUCAGUACAGCCAUAUCUGCCCCUGCUUCCAGCACACUGCAUUGCCUGCUCUCCUGGGCUUGCCUCAUCCUGGCUGCCCUUACCCAGCCACCUCCCACAUCCAGCACCUUCAUCCUAUCCGUCCCACAGCCCAGACCCAUGCAGGCUUCUUCAUGCAGCUGCAGCACACUGCAGACUCCUCUUGAGUCUGGGACCUCUUGAGACACCCAGGUCCUUCUCUGUAGCACUGUCUCAGCCACAUCUCACCCUCUCUGUGCCUGUGUCCUUGGGUGCCAGAGAGAGAGAGACAGAGAGAAAGAGAGAGAGGACCUCUGGGGCUGAUCCCCUAGGAUGGAGAAGGGUAGCAGUGACCAGAAGUCCUCAGUGACCAAAGCCUCACUAGCAAAUAAAUAACACCCAUGGGGGCAAAGCAGGCCUUGGGAACAAUCAUCCUGGGGAGAAAGGACAUGGUCUGAGAAGGCUGGUGGUGAACAACCACUGAUGGUGGUGAAAGGGGCUGAAGGGGAUCUAUGAAGGUCCCAGAUGGCCCAUCCAGACAAAAAGAGGGGUCCAAAGAAGAGAUGGGCCUGAACCCCACAGAGAGAGACAGAGAGCACAAGCCAAGGUCCUUGGGGAAGGUCCAGUGCCUGGGAUGGAAUAGAAGAGUCCAGUGUCCAGGGGGGGACUAGGGUGCAUCUCAGGAAUCUCCAGCACCUGGAGUCUGUCCAAGGGAGAGCAUGGGAACAAAGGGCCUGAGCCCAGAGAGAGGGUAGUGUGUCAGCUGAGCUAGAGAGCCCAGAGAUCUGGAGUCCAGGAGGAGUGAGGACUGGGGCUGGGUGCCUGUAGCACAUGAAGGGAAGAUGUUAGCAGUUUACAUGCAAGGCAGAGGAGUGGGUAAUGGGGAAGAUGAAGCCCAUUAAACAAGCCCUUAAGGAAAUUCCAAUGACCAUCUGUGGUCCUAAAAGUUAGACUAGACUUGGGAAACCCUGAGACUGCCUCCCCUUCCCCAGAAAGUAAUAACACCAAGAUUUGGUGGGUGAGCAGAAGAGACAGUGACCCAAGGAAACCCAGGCUGGCAAGGGGUGAAGGUCCAUCAGGAGGCAUCGUGACCACCCCUGGGAAUAGCACUUGCUGUGUAGACCCAUCAGAUACUGUCUAGGAAGGGGCUUAAUGGGGUGAUGUCUGGUUGUGGACCAAGUCCAUGGCUGAGAGAGAGGCCAGUUGAGCUCUUGGGCCCAAAAGAUCCUUUGUUGGGGCUGUAGCUGUAGCUGUAGCAGCUGCAGCCUCAGCUCAAUCCUGAAGACCACAGGCACCAAAUCAACCACAAUAUACUAUAGAGGGUAAAGGAAGUCAUUAGGGAUUCAUUACUGACUCUCUCUGACCAGGCAAGAACUAGGGGCACAGAACAAAACCAGUAUGUAGGAAGUUGAAAACUGACAAAGGGAAGAUCUUUUUCCUGCAGCAUGUCAUUAAACUGUGGAGCUUGUGACCACCAGAUGUGGUGGGAGCUGAGAGUGCAACCAGAUCUACUAGCCAACUGGAGACAUCCUUGCAAGAAAGGGGCAUAAUUUAUUGUCAAAGAUGAUGCUGUGCUGUGGGUUAGGGCCAUGCUAUACAGAACCGGGGUCCAAACACCCAAGAGGGACAAGGAGAUUUUCAUUUAGAAAACCCCAGGCAGAGAGGAGGCCUGUCAGAUCUCAACUCCAAUGCUUAAGACAACCUGCACAUCCCCCAGAAGGACUCUCUGAACCCCUGGCUGUAAAGAGACCUCUACCCUUGUAAAGACUUGUGUGAGGCUUUCUGUUCUCUUUGUGGCUUUUUCUACUGCCUUUUCAGUCAGCUGAAAUAGUACGUAUUGUGACCUCAUCUCACUGGGCCAGGUCUCAGCUUAGGGGAAGUUUCCUGUUGUUCUUUGCUGUGGGCUUGAAGUUGAAGAUUGCUGUGCUCAA